AGCAUCCUUCCCAAAACUCAGGCCCUUGCUGUGGAUCGAUGCUCUUGCUUCGCGUUUAGGCAGCAGAACGUGAAGCUCCCCCUCUUUGUCGUUUCUUAACCCAAGUGGUCGUCUGGUAUAUCCUUCGUAGUGUAUGACAGGGGCGACACAAUUCUGUCCAGAAUUGACCCUUCAGCAGUGCCUCUGAGUGGAGAACUCGAUCGAUGGCGACCCAGAGAUAUGCAUCACUGACUUCGUGCAGGGCAAGGCCGUGUGAAAGGCAACCCUGAAUCAACCGCCACUAACAAAAUUCUUGGUUCUGUCCUCUUGGAAAUAAUCUUCUCAACGUCCUUAGGUCCGCUACUGGAACUCACGAUGAUUUCGGGGAAGAGGAUUGGAAAGCUGGUGAAGAAGUUUAUGAGAGGAGUGCCAGAGUAUGGCAGCCCGUGGGCAAAUACCCGAAGUCUGAAACGUUGGUGGUCAGGAAACUUCUCAAUUUCAUCCCGCUCCUGGAGUCACCGGUCGGGGGAGAGCCGUUCAAGCAGCGGCUCCGACUCAGACGACUGGAACAACGAUGCACCAGCAGGCAUUCCCCAGGGAUGCUUCGCGGUCUACGUCGGCCCAGAGAUGCGACGCUUUGUCAUCCAUACCACCUUCCUACACAAGCAAGUCUUCCGAGACCUACUUAAGAAAACUGAGGAGGAAUACGGAUUUGAAUCUGAAGGCGGCUUGCGGAUCGCAUGCGAGGCAGCGGUCUUUGAGGAGCUGCUGUGGCAGUCCUAGAGCAACGAUCACUUCCAACACAGAAAUCAAAGGUUAUGUACAGCCCUCCUGCGGUGCAUCGCACUACUUCUGAUCUUCACAGAUCAUAAAUGCCUAGCGAGCGCAUCGAUACACCAGCACUCGCUGCAGGAAUCAGUACUAGUGAUAUACUUCACGGUCCCCAAGUUCCGAGGAUAACGAUGCCGUGAAUCUCAUGGUACGAACCGAUUCAUAUGCGCGAUCGGCAUCGGAUCCUAGUGUCCGAUAUAGAUUCGGCGCUUUACCGACACCGGCGCUGGCGACAAAGACCGAUCUAGAUAUUUCGCAGCACAGCAAUCUUUAUGUGACAAAGCAUAUAAGCUAGAUUAUGGACUCAGAAUGACUUUCUGUUUUCUGUUUGCAUUACAUGUUGAGGCAAACUCGGUUCGGUCUCUGAGAUUGUGAGUGUUGUACUUAAGAGGACUAUAUUUUUAUAAAACUACUUGAGUUA